GCAGAUGCAGCAGCACCAGCGGCAUGAGCGGCUACCAGCCACCAGUGGUGAUCGACAACGGCUCGGGAAUGAUCAAGGCGGGCCUGGCUGGGACCCGGGAGCCCCAGUUUGUCUACCCGAAUAUUCUGGGCCGGUCCAAGGGCCAUACGGCGGACAGCAGGCAGGAGCUGUGUGUGGGUGAUCAAGCGCAGGAGCGCAGGAGCUUCCUAUCCAUCAGCUAUCCAGUGGAACGGGGUCUCAUUUCCUCCUGGGGGGACAUGGAGAUCAUGUGGAAGCAUAUCUAUGACUACAACCUGAACCUGAACGCCAGUGAUGGCCCGGUCUUGGUUACAGAACCUGCGCUGAAUCCACUGGCAGACCGGCAACACAUCUCCGAAGUGUUUUUUGAGAAUCUGGGAGUCCCUGCCUUCUACAUGUCCGCCCAGGCGGUGUUGGCUCUCUUCGCUGCUGGCUUUACUACUGGCCUGGUGCUGAAUUCAGGAGCUGGGAUUACUCAGUGUGUGCCCAUCUUUGAGGGUUACUGCCUAUCUCAUGGUGUAAAACAGCUAAAUGUGGCAGGAUCUGACCUCACCAGCUACCUCAUGAUGUUGUUGAAGGGUGAUGGUAUCAUGCUGCUUAGAACCGGGGACAGGAAGGUUGUUACAGACAUUAAAGAGAAUGCUUGUUAUGUGGCGAUGAACUAUGAAGAUGAAAUGACCAAGGACUCUAACCUAGAGAAAAUAUACACCCUGCCUGAUGGAAAGACUGUCAAACUCCAUAAGCAGUUAUUUCAUUGCCCAGAGGCCCUCUUUUCUCCAUAUCUUGUGAAUGUUGAUGCUCCGGGCAUCGACAAGAUGUGCUUCGGCAGCAUAAUGAAAUGUGAUACAGAUCUCAGGAACUCCUUCUUCUCCAAUAUCAUCCUUUCGGGAGGAUCAACGUCUUUUCCUGGUUUAGAUAAGCGACUCAUUAAGGAUGUGGCAAAGCUGGCACCUGCCAAUACUGCCGUACAGGUUAUAGCUCCCCCGGAAAGGAAAAUAUCAGUGUGGAUGGGGGGUUCUAUUCUUGCCUCCUUGUCUGCCUUCCAAGACAUGUGGAUCACGGCUGCAGAAUUUGAAGAAGUUGGACCCAACAUUGUACACCAGAGAUGCUUUUGAAAUGCAGACAGAAUGAAAAAUAAGAAUGCUUUGAGUGUACAUAACAAAAUGCUUUGGGUGUUCUUAUUUGGGGAGGGUGAAAAGCAUUUCUGUUAUUGGGAUGGGCCACUUUCUUUGUAAAAAUGUUUUUGGUAGUUCUGGGAAUUGGACCUAGAGUCUCAGGACUGUUAAGUGCUCUACCACUGAACCAUAUUCCCUGCUGUCUUUUUUACUUGUGUUUUGAGAUAGGAUCUCCUGCUAAAUUGCCUAGGCUGGAUUUGAGAGCUUGUAACCCUUGUGCUUCAGUCUCCCAGGAAACUGGAAUUACAGGUUGCAAUUUUGGGCCUGGCUUUCUUGGAUUCUUCUGAACAGGGCAGGAAACAAUGUAACAAUAACGGUGGGUGUUGUAGGAGAUGAGCCACAGCUCAGAAAUCGCCACAGCUCAGAAAUCGCUGAACCGGUCCUUCUGCUGGGGAAUGGUUUUUAUUGUGAAUGUGAUAGGGAAAAGAAUCCAGACGCAUCUGGAAGAGUUCGAAGCAGAGAGAGAAGUAGACUGGGCAUGGGCGAGGUAGUCUGCAAGACAGUGUGAGAGAGCGGGGAUGGGGGGGUGGGGGUGGGGUGGGGAAAUCUUGCAGAUUCUGUCACGCCCAAAAGAACCUGGACAGAUGGCCGUCUGUGGUGCCUAAUCACAUAUCCCCAUUGAUAAGGUGGGACUGCUCAAGGUCAUUGGGAAGUUCCGUUGGGAUAAACGUGUUUAAAGGUACAUUAAAAUGCAACAAAGUA